UGGAGGAGUAAGGCGGCGAGUGGUGCAUUCAACCUCAGAAAUGGACGUGUUUUUAAUGAUAAGGCGUCAAAAGACAACAAUCUUCACUGACGCAAAAGAGUCCACCACAGUGCAUGAGUUGAAGCGCAUAGUUGAGGGAAUUUUGAAGAGACCGCCGGAGGAACAAAGGCUUUUCAAGGAUGACCAGUUGCUAGAGGAUAGCAAAACUCUGGGAGACUGCGGUUUCACCAGCCAGACAGCAAGACCACAGGCCCCAGCUACAGUAGGACUAGCCCUCCGCAUCGGCGAUGAUGCAUUUGAGCCCCUCCAUGUGGAGCCCUUCUCCAGCCCACCUGAGCUCCCUGAUGUCAUGAAGCCCCAAGACUCUGGCAGCACAACCAACGAACAGUCAGUGCAGUGAGACAGAGGAAAAAAAGUGAUGAUUGGAACAGCUGCAUCAUGAUAUUCUUGAAGAGAUAAAGGAGUUUGGAUAUAAGAAACCAAAAUGGGCAUACUAGUCAUGUCACCCUCUAUUGAACUGAGCUACUACUCUCCAGUAUGUCCAGAAAUGCGUACACAAAGAAAACGAUUAAUGUUGUUAUGUAAUUUACCUUCUCACCUGGACUGACAUGCACAUUUUGAUCUCAUACUCACUGUUUCUGUGACUUCAUUUUGGACACAUAUUUGUGUCUGUCUUAUUUUUCUGUAUAAAUGGCAAAGAAUUUGAGAGUGUUUGGAGAUUGAUCACUCUCGUUUAUAUCACUAUGAAGUGGGACUGGGUAAAGGUUUUUAACAUAAAGUGGACACACAGUUUAAAUGGGGAAGGUGAUAUAAACUCAAAUUACAAGGAGAUUAAAACUCAUGUAUGAAUUUUAAAGUUAUCAGCACAGCAGUCUUACACCCACCAGAAACUUUCAUUAUCUGAGGAGGACAACUAUGAUAUUUUCCCAUGUUUAGGUUAUGAGUCCAUGUUUUACCCCAUACCUCAGAUUGAUCCAUAGUGCAUUAUUUAACUUAUUUAGAAAACAAACCUCUUUUAGUCAAUUAUACUAUUAAA